UACAGACUGUGGACCUUAAAACUUUUAAACGGGAUUGAUCAAAGAUGACAAUUAUGUCUAUGAUUGACGCACUAAAUGUAAUCAAGGGAGAGAAUGUUAGAGCUUUAAAGACCAAGUAGAUAUAAUGUAUAGUAGUAGAUCUCAAUAGCAACCACUCGUUGCUGUUUCCACCUUUAAGAAAUAUGUUGUCGGCCGCUUCUGUGCGCUUUUUUUUACCUUUACAUUCUAUCUCUUGGUACAGGUGUCAACGUUUUUUUUCUUUUUUCAUUCUCUUCUAGCCUAUACAGGCUUCUAAUUACGGCCAUUAUACCCCCUUGCGAUGUGAAGCAAAUUAAAUACACGCGUUUUGCUCAAAAUCUGGGUUAUUGCGUUGUUGUUGUUGCAAGUGUACAAGUCUUUCGUUUCCUGCCCUGCCAAUUGGUUAAAUGUAUCGGUGGUCCUUUUCUUUUCUUUUUUUUUUCGGGGGGAGGGGGGUUAAGUUCUCCAGUCAUCACUAUUAGAAAUUUUCCUUUGACAUACUUGAUUUUCCGGAAAAUAAUUUUUAAUUACGCAAUUGUUGCUUGAGGGACUCAAAAUUUAAAAAAUAUAUUAAGGAUGUUGAUACAGCUGAAGCUGUCACGCGGGCAAAUCCUGGCAAAUGGCAAAUGUGCAACAAUGGAGGACUGUUGCAGACACCCGUCUUGACCCCGCCCCCAGGGACUGCUGUGAUUGACAGCUGUCUGGCUCGUCUGCUGUAGCCCGCAGGUCCUCAGGGGUCACUCAAGGGAGAAGAGCUUCUCCCUCCUCCAGUCCUCCAGGAGUAUAACGACAGUCGCAGUGGUGUGCCUCUUUUCUCCUCCAUCCAUCCAUCCAUCCUUCCAUCCAUCCUGUGUUGUACCUCUGUUAUCCCCCCUCCCCCCCGCUCCAUCCAUCAGGGGUGUGUGGAGGGUGUGUGUGCCCGCCGCCCCGGGGGACACUGAGGUUACAACAGGUUGACCAUCUCUGUGCUGUGACAGUGAUGUAUGAUGAUGACUGGCCUGCUCACAGACGGCCCCGGGCUCCGACUCAACGAGCCUCCUUGUCAAGCUGAAAUGUUCCCCUGGAUUACACAGAUGAGAGAGAGGAUAAACACUUGAUACUUGGUGUCUGUGUGGGAAAACUUGCCCUAGAAAUAUACAUUUUUGUAUAAUUUAUCCAUUAUUAUACAUACAAGGACUGAAGCCAAGAGUUUGGAUUUAUUUCCCCGUCUAGCCUACGUCUAUUUAACUCACAACUAGGUCUGCUGAUUCCCACUGUAGUGUAUUUUCUCACCCCACCCCACCCCCCUGACCUCCUGACCCCUCACCCACCACCUCCCCUUCCCUAAAACCAAACCUGCAAACAACCCCCCUAAUCACCCCACCCCCACCCCCUCAUCUUGAAAGAAAUCAAUCAAAUUUUAUCAGGUACAAGGGGACACUCCCCUCACUUCUCCCCUUUCACAUAUCUCUCCUUGCCUCACUUCUUUUCUGUCAUAUUUGCCUCCUCCUUGAUUGACACCGUAGUUUAAGUUAAGCCAGCGAGGAUGGGAACCCACCGGGAGAACGGGGCAGGGGAGGAGGAGGAGGAGGAUGGCCACGCGGAGGAGGAGUUGAUGCACUGGCGAGAGGUGGAGCUGAAGCACAGGAAGCAGCUGGUCAUCAAACUGAACCCCACGCAUAUAUCCGGGAACGACUGGGCCAUGCUGGCGGACCACUUGGGCUACGAGACGCAGAUGGUGGAGUACUUUCGCUCCAAGCAAAUGGACAACACGGAGGCUCUGUUCACCGAGUACGACACGGUCCAGGGGGCGUCGGUCAAUGCCGUCAUGGACGCCCUGCAGAAGAUGAAUCGCUUCGACUGCGUGGAGAUUUUGGAAAAUGCCAAGAAAGACAUCCGCGAGUCGCGUAAACGCGGCCGAAUCCAGCGUGCUGACCCGAGCGUGCUGACCAGCGGUCACUGGGGGGAGGGGGGACCACUCAGCUGUACCAGCUGCACCAGCUGCCCGCUGGCCAAUCACAACAGUCACCUGGCUGCCUGCGGGCCGGCCCAUGUACACAUGUGCAACGCCCGCAACAUGUCCGCCAUUCCACACGCCCACUGCGACCUUCACAACGGGUCUCAGCACAGAGCCGGGUACCCGGUCCUCUCCGGCCUUUCCCGCUGCAGCAUGCCGCAGCCGCAGCACUACAACAGCACGCAGCACCAUCUGCAGGACCCUUGCUGUCAGCACACAGAGCGUGUGGAGAACAUGGCGAGCAUGAUGGCCGAGUACAACCAGUACUCCUACCUGGCAUCCAUCAACAACAACAACAACGGCAACUACCUGUCCAUCGGGGACGGCCACCCGCCCUUGUCUCAGACGGGGCUGUCAGAGGGACUACGCAGCCCGAUGCUGUCAGGCCACAACAUGGAGCCCAUGGACUGCAGCAACCUCAACAGCAACAGCCACAGCAACAGCCACAGCAACAACCCCAUGGUGGCGGCUGCAGCUGCUGCGCGACAGCGUCAGAAAAUGUCCCGCCAGGUCUCGGAGGAGUGCAACAUCCACCCAAACUGCAGCGGGGACAAGAGGCUCCGGGCGGACAACGGCUACGCGUGCACCUCUCUGUCGCGGCCCGGUCAGCAUCUCUACCCCCACCCGGGCACCCACCCCUCACAGAAGUCGUCCUGGUCACCCACGGGGACCUCCGCCCUCCCCCCACACAACUCUGCUGGAAACAUGCGCAGUUGGCCCUCCAGCAACACUCCCCCCUCCAAGGAAGGGGUCGCGGCUCAGCAGCAGCAUCGUCGUCACCACCACCACAACAACUACCACAGCCAGCCUGCUCAGGGGAAGCUCACCAACGCGGUGGUUUCGGGUUCGCACCCGUCGACGGGCGGGGUGGGCAACAGUUUGCAGUACCUGGAGCAGCUGUCGGCCGUGCCGGACCGACUGAAACCCACGCAGGAGUACAAGACCUUCAUAGCCGAGCAGAAGAUUGAGUCGGAGAAGGGUGGCCGGCAGGUGGCCAGUGAUGGCGACUCGUACGUGUCCCGGACGUCCUCGGGCAGUGGCGGCUCGUACAGCGGCCAUCGGGCCGAGGCGGCCACCUACCCUCGUGGCACCAAGCCCCGCCCACCGGCCGGGGGCAUCGAACUCACGGCCUCCGCCAUGGGCAAGCUGGAGAUUAGCAAAAAGUCGACGUCGGUUCCCAAAGACUUGAAGGCCAACGCCUUCCGUAGAGCGCACCGCGACAUCAAGGUGUUUGUGACGUUCAGCAACGAGAGCUCGGCCCACCGCGGCGAGGUUCUCUCCCUUUGUAACUUCCUGGACGACAACCAGUUUGCCUGCUGCGUGGACGUGGGGGUCGUGGAGGAGACGCCAGAGUUCACAGAGUGGUUCCGGACUCGCUUCUACGAG